AUGGACAUCGCCGCGCCGCCCAUUGUGGCCCAGGCCCGCAGCCUCGAGCCGCAGGAGGUGAAGACCGUGAGAGACGCCACGAAGACCGCCCUGGACUCCAUCCGGACGCCGCACUCGGUGGAGAAGAAGGUCGAGGCCCAGAACAUCAAGGGGCGCAUUCAGGGCUUCGGGAACUUCGAGCCGCCGCCCGAGGAGAAAGACGUCAAGCCGACGGGCGUCACCGGGCAGGCGGCGGAGUUCGUCGCCGACUCGAUCGGAGACAUGGUCGACGAUUUUCGCGAGAAGGGCGCCGUCGGCGCGCUGAAGGACGCCACCAUCGACGCCCUCGACCUGGUACUGGACGGUGUCGACUCCAUCUGGGGCUGGGUCGCCGGCAAGUCCGACGACAAGGACACGCGGAUCUGCCAGCCGGCGGGCCAGGUGCCUGGCAUCGCCGGCGGCAACCAGUACGGGCAGUUCGGCGGCGCCCAAGGUUUUGCACCUCCUGCUUCUGCGGCACCGAGUUCAGCAUCGAACGCCUACGCAGCUGCCUUCGGGGGGGGCGUGGUCGGCGCCAACAACCCGGUGAUGGUGGCGGGGCUUCAAGCGCCCGGCAUGCCUGGCGGCGUCGCCCCCGCGGCACCGCCGCCACAGGCGCCCAAAGCUGCCGAGGAGCCUCCCAAGCCGGCGCCGGCGCCGAUGGUGGACCUCCUCUCCAUGGACGAACCGAGCGAGCAGGCGGCGAAGCCGAGCGCGGCUGCCGUCCCGGACCUCCUCGGCGAUGGGCCGAGUUCUGGCUCAUCCGCUCCAGCGCAAAGCCCUCCGAAUAUGCUGGAUUUUUGA